UGUGACUGUAUCUCUAUGCAGCUGGAAUGGUCAUAUUUUAUUCACAAUGAGCCAUUCAAUUGAGUCUGCAACUCAGAUCAAAAAGUGGACGAAGGAAGAAGUUCAUCAGUGGUUGACGACGCAGGUUAACAUUCACCAUAUAUAUGCAGACAAGUUGCUAGAAGAGGAGGUAUCAGGGGAAUACCUAGAAUACUUCCAAAAGAAGGAUCUUCUGGAUCUGAACAUAAAACAUGGUCCGGCUGUGAAAAUUGUGUCAAUGCUUGAGGAUUUGAAGAGUGGAUUACAGCAUAAAUCACAAUUUCCUGCAUACAUCAAGAAAUGGACACCAGAACAAGUUUGUCAGUGGUUAAGGGAAGAGGCAAAGUUAUACCACCAAUAUGUAGGGCGGAUUUUGGAAGAGGAAGUGUCAGGCGAUUGCCUGUUUUGCUUCAAAAAGAAUGAUCUUGUGGAACUAGGCAUUAAACAUGGUCCUGCUGUUAAAAUAAUUGGCAUGCUAGAACAGUUAAACAAUGGACCAGAGCCUAUAUUACAACCCCCCACACACAUCAACAGUGACCAAGAAAAUCUACAGAAACCACCUGAGAAUCAAGAAGAACUAUGUCAAACUCUACCGGUUCAGACUGUAUCCCCCAUGAAGACAGAACCAAACACGGAAGAGCCCAGAAUAGUGGAACCACCAGGGAAAACUGUUACAAGAAAGAAAGAACCAAAACCACAGGCCAUGGGUGCAGAAAUGUUACCGUCCAAGAUGACAAGUUCACUUACCUUGCUCCAGAAUACCCUUGACGACUUACAGCAGGACGAGUUUAAACGGUUUAAGUCUUGUCUGAAAGACUUCAAACUGAAUGGAUGUAGAUCGAUUGCACGGUGUCACUUGGAAGACAACAAGAGCCGCACAGAUGUAGCGGACUCAAUGACAAAGCACUAUGAGGAAGAGACAUUAAAUGUCACACUUCAGAUUCUAGAGAGAAUCAGACACAAUGAACUUGCUGGCCAACUGAAAAGUGCUAUGGGUCUACAAAUGAUGAAAGCACAAGACGGCAAAAACAAUUUGAGAAGAGAGACCAAUCAGGGUGAUAAAUUGAAGAACUUGUUAACUUAUGGAGGAAAUAUGAUGGACUACUAUGAUCGAUUCGUUAUUGUUAUGAACAAGAGUCGCACUGAGCAACUAGAAUAUCUUCCAUUUCUGAGCAAGUUGAAAUUGUUCUGUGUCCUGGACUUUGAUCCUGACUCUGCAGCUCCUGGUGGCGUAUGCAGUUCAUACAGAGAAUCAAGAGUGGCAAAUCUCCAUCUCCCAGCCCAAUUCCAAGGCGAACCAAAUGUUGUGAUAAAAAAUCUCAACCUGUAUAACCAGACCAGCUGGGUUUUUUGUAAUGGGAGGCAUGACCUUGAAAGUAAAUCUGUUAGACAGCUGGACUACAAAGUCUGGUUCAAGGAGAAACGCAAAGAGAUCGAGCAUAUGGUUUCAUUCAUUUGCAAACCUGAAGUUCUUCCAAAUGGAAGAACUCUUGUCAUAUUUCUUCUACUGUCACCUGUAUCUGAUAGAGAUCCUGUCUUUGAUACUUUCCUGGCAUUCUACUCACAUGCCGAGGAAAGCAUUGUGAGUAUUUGUGAAUCUAGGAGCACAUUUGAGAAAUGGAAAGACUUGAUACAGGAGAAAUGUGAGUCUGACAUCAGCACGCAAUCAAUAUAUGAGUUGACACUCAGUGAAGUCAAUGGUACUAUAAUGUCACUUGGACCACACAAUCAGCCAUCAGGAAGACUCCUUCCAUCUUCUGACUCCAGCACUGUUGUUCUCCAACAAAAGGAUGAAGACCGAUUGACAGCUCUAGACAUUUUGUGUCAGAAUGAAUGUGAGAAAGUCUAUGAAGAAAAUAGCACAGAGUUUAAAGCCUUCAAAAUCAAAGUAGAAAAGGAAUUCUACAGAGGGGGUAAAGUCAACUGGUGGAACUUCUAUUUUUGUGAGAAACGCAAAGCAAAACCUUUCAUUAGAAGAGACAAAUAUGACAAUCUCAUGAAAAUUGUGAAAUGUCAGACAAAAGAUCCCAAAACCACAUGUGUUUUGCUGAAUUUGUUCCACCACCCAGGUUGCGGAGGCACCACCUUAGCAAUGCAUGUGAUGUGGGAUUUACGUAGAGAAUUCAGAUGUGCUGUGUUGAAGGACAAUACAUUACCAAAAGCUGAAGUGGCUGUUCAAGUCAAAAAGCUGAUGAGGCUUGGGAAAAGUGACAAAUCUCAGAAUACACCAGUUCUGUUGUUAGUAGAUGAUUCAAAGGAAGCAGAAAACACACAAACUCUGCAGAACUGCAUACGCAAAACUGUUGAAGAGGACUACACAGGCAGAACUGUGGAAGAUUCAUCAAAUUCACAAGUCAUCAUCCUGAGUUGUGUUCGAUCCCAUAACCCCAAGGUCCAGUACAAACACUGUGCAACAGAAAGUCAGUACAUCACCGCUAUACUAACGAAAAAGGAACAAGAUGAUUUUGAGGAAAAACUUAAAGAACUUAAAGAAAGUCAUGAAAAACCGGAAAACUUCUACAGCUUCAUGAUCAUGAAGAGCAACUUUGACAAGAAAUACAUCGCUGAUGUCGUCAGCCACACUCUGAAGGACUUAGACACGAGCACCAAAAAAGCUCAACUACUUUUCUACUUUGCACUGUUGAACUCAUAUGUGGCUGAAUCAGACAUAUCUGUGUCUCUCUGUGAGGACUUUUUUGGAAUGAAAAUGGCUUACUGGGGAGAAGACAAUGUACUUGAACGAAUGGAAUCUUAUUCAAAUUUGCUGAAAAUAGUUAAAGUCGAUGACCGCGGAGGAUACAAAGCAAUUAGCAUCCUUCAUCGUGAUAUAGCUUCUGCAUGUCUGGAAGAAUUGCACAAAAGCCACGGGAUUAAUGAGAGUCAAAUAACCAUAAACAUGCUACACUGUGAUUUGUUUUUCAAAAUUGGUGUAGUAAAAGACACCCUGAUGCUAUCAAUCGAACGCUUGCUGAUUAAAAGGCAGCGCAGGAAAGAUGGAGAUGAAAAAGAUACUCAGUUCUCUCCCUUGAUAGAGAAAAUUCACCUUCAAGAGGGGAGACACAAAAUCCAAGACAUCUUUGUGAAAGCAUCAUCCCGUUUUUUUACAAGUGCAUCCAUUCCUCAAGCCCUUGCAAGGUAUCUCUACCUCAAUCAGCAAGAUUUUCCGCAGGCAUUGAAUUGGGCAGAAAACGCCAAGAGAAUCACAGAAAACCCAUACACUGUCGAUACGAUUGGACAAGUUUACAAAAGUUAUCUUAAACAUAACAUCCAGAAUGAAAAGAAAAAAACACCACGCAAUCCAGGGGAUUUGGAUACAAACCUAAAGCUGGCAAAAAAUGCUAUAAAGGCUUUUCAAAGAGCUCAAGAACUGGCCAUGAAUGAGGAUCAACCUGAUGAGGAAGCUGAUGACAAUCUGUCAAAAUCCUCAUACAACAUCUUUGGAUAUGUGGGGGAAAUUGAGACGGUACUGACAGUCUUUGAAAUCCUAAGCAAGCUGCCAUUCUUUGAAGAAGCUGAUCCAGUAACACAGAAGUACAUGCAAAGCUUUCUGAAUGGAAAAAUGCCCAUCAACAGCGUACCCAAGAACGAUAAUGAAAUCAACAGAAAAUAUGUUGACAUUAUCCAAGAACACAAGUCUUUUCUCCUUAAUUUGAAAUCCCAAGUCAAAAAAGUUUUUGAAUUCUUAAACGAUUACUACACUUACAUGAAAGGAAAUGAUGCAGGAGACUUCGAGACAAGGAAUCGGACAAAAAUAUCAGGACACUUCAAGACAUAUAUAACACUUUUUUGCUCUUCACCAGAGGAAAUAUCGAAGGAACAAACAAGCAAGCCGAAACUUAGACUAAACAUGGACAUUGAAAAGUGUAGGAAGUUACUUGAAGAGAAGAACGCAGACACAUUUGCAGGGGUACUUCACCAUCUCGACAAGACUGCAGAGGAAAUGGAGGAAAUCAUUGAGUGCUACAAAUUUUUACGGCAAAAUUGUGAGCGAAUUACAAAAGAAAAAGACAAAAACAAUUUCAUUUUGGCAAACAUAAUUCUCAGCAUACUAAAGCCAAAUUCGAGAAACGUGAAGAGUCACAAGGAACUCACUGAUCUUCUCAUGCUAACAUUGCAAGAUAUAGGAGUGCAACAUCCCUUCCCAGAGCCAUACUAUCUGGCUUUGUUGUUGCUUUGGCCAAGUUCAAAUGCAGAAGAUGCAGAUAUAAGAAUAUAUGUGAACUCACUUCGGAACUCCUUCAGACGGAAAUUGUCCAAGUUUAUGAGGAUGAGGAACACCAUUGCCCACUUCUACUUGGGCCAGAGAAAUGGAUUAGAAAGACUUGUUCCUAAAGCCAAACUUGAUGAGUGUUUUGCACACGUGGCACGCAAGGCACGCACAAAUUUGGCCCAACUUUGGCGGAGUGGAGACAUUUUUAAGGAUAAGAAAAUAAUUGACCGUCUCUGUAGGGUCAAUGGAACCAUGGAGGAAGGAGAACUUUAUGCUAAUUAUGGCCAACUUAAAAUCCCAGUACGCCCGGCAUAUCUGGGUGGAAUAAGCAGUGGUUUCAGCACUGAAAAGGUGUCGUUCUUCGUAGGAUUUGCCAUAGAUGGACCACUUGCAUACGAUAUCAAGUAUGAAUAGGCUAUGAGAAGCCCAUGUUAUAAAGGCCUCAAUGAUGAACUGCAUGCUUUGGUCCAAGAGUGUGGACCAUGGGGGAAGUAUGGAUUACCACAACCUGACAAUCGAAAACAAGAUCACAAUCUACAAAACACAUGCUCUUAAUGGAGGCAUUGAUAAUCAAUGCUAUGAAAGGAAACAAACAUCUUCAAACUGGUUACCUUUUGACUUGACGUUAAAACAACAUUUUAGGAGACAAAACACCCUUGUUGUUGUGAGGUCUGAUCUAUCUGGAAUGUAUUAGUUACACACAGCAUCAUUAACUGGGUGUUACUAACUAACAGUAAAUGCUAAUAUGACAAACCUAGCAACGAGUACUAGCAGAUAGUAGCUCUGUGGACUGCAUGUUAAGGUACAAAUCUAAUGAGUUAUUAAAAAUAACUAAACUGGAUCACUGCCUGCCUGAUGUCCAUCAUGACAUGGUGUCAGUAUUAAAACAUUCCCAAAACUGAAGAUUGGUGAAGAUGUCCCACUCAAAUUCAACCCAGCAGAGCCGUUUGAUUGGCUGAUAGCCAUGGCUGAUCUGGAGACAAUGUUUUGGCAUCAAAACUGGACAAAGAGAGCAGUGUGGUGCGGAUAAAUUCAGUACUUUAUGCAAUUGGGAAAAAUGCAGAGAUGAUCAACCAUGACCUUUACCUUUGACUACAAUCAAUGAUGGUUUCGACUUUGAUGUGGUGACUGAAAAGCUGAAUGGACAUUUUGUGCCACGGCACAUUGUGAUUCACCAUUGAACCAUGAACAGAUUUAGAAAGGGGGAGAGACAAAUGAUUAAACUUUGAGGAAUCUAGCUGAAUACUGAGCACUACAAAGGAUGAACAAAUACGGGUUAGGAUUGUAAUUAUUAUUACAACUAGAGCAUAUCAACAAUAAUUGUGAUAAUCACGCUAGCUUUGCCCUCGUUGGUCCUAGCAAGCAUACUAGGUAGUGUAUCAACAGCUAAUCCAGUAGGAGCUGGAAGCUACAGUGAGCUUCGAUUGGUCAAACAUGACAUCGCAGAGAAUUUGCAUAAAGUUCAAGUUUCCCCAACUUAGGUCCCGCCCUGUUCACGCUCCUUCGCCUAUGCUCGCAUUGCCCAACGGUCCCCCCCCACCCAUUUCGCUUCUGUUCAUUCUUUUCAGGGUCAGUUACAAAGCAGUCUAAUUCUGAUGACGAGUGGCAUGAGCUCCCAGUGAAUAGCACACAUUUAAGAUUGACACUGGUGCAGAUAUCACAGUGAUGUCUCAGAGCACUUAGCAGUGCUUGCGUCAGUGUCCCCAUCUGGUCAACACUGCAACUAUUGUUCACGUCCCAAGUGGCAGGAUUGAUUGCAUGGGUACAUUCCUAGCCACAUGUGAGUGAAAAAGGAGAAAAGUACAAAUUCUGGACCACAUGCAAAUGUCCAAGUUAGUAGAACUGUUGCAUGCAAGAUGGGUUUGGCCCUAAAAGCAGACGAGAUCAGUAUUGAUGUGUUUGGAGAGAGGGCUACUGAACUGUGAACCAGUCAAGAUUGAGCUUAAGCCUGUCACAGUCCCCUACUCUGGCUACGCCACACAGAAUCCCUUUUACACUCCUCCAUAAAGCAGAAAAAUAACUGAUCAGAGUGGAAACAGAUGACAUCGUUGAGGAAGUCAUUGAGCGUAAUGACUGGUGUGCUCCCAUGGUGCUGGUGAUGAAGAAAAAUGGCAAAGUGCAAACGUGGACUUAAAACAUAUCAAAUGAAGCAGGUUCAUCUUGCCCAUCUUGGAGGAAAGAGCGUCACAGCUAUCCGGGGCGAGAGUAAUUUACACACUCAACUCAUCUAGCGUUUUUUGGCAGGUACCACUUGACCCCAGCAACAGAACUGACGACUUGUAGGAAGGUAACUUACUCCUGUAGGAAGAUUCUGCUUCAAGCACCUUCCUUUGGGAAUAACAAGCGCACCGGAAAUCUUCCAGAGGGAGAUGAGCAAGCUCCUGAGCGGACACGAGGGCGCAGUCAUCCCAAUGGAUGACAUAUUGUUCUACAGUGCAAACAAGAAAGAACAUGACAGGAAUCUGAGCAAAGUGCUACAAACCUUUUUAAAGAGUCGGGAAUAAAGCAGAACAAAAACAACUGCCAUAUUGGGAAGUCCGAGAUCCAGUACUUUGGUCAUGUGAUUGGAGCCGAUGGGAUGAACCCAGAUAACAGCAAAGUGAAAGACGUCACUGAGGUGUCCAGUCCAACAAAUGCUGGGACUGCUGAACUACUUGGGCAAGUUCUUGCCCAGCCUGUCAUCGGUGCUCCACCAUAUCAGUGAUGUAGGGAGACCCCCAGGAGCAGGCCUUCCGCAAGGUCAAGGCUAUGUUAGUUUCAACACAGGCAUUAGCAUACAACAAUGGCAGAAAACCAACCGUGGUCAGUGCGGACAUGAGCAGCUACGGUCUUGGAGCUACACUCUUACAGGAACAAGAAAGGUGGUGCAUUUUGUUCACGCACACUAUCAAAGAAUGGCAGGGUCAUGGGUAUGUGAACAAUUUCCCUCUACCGGCACGGCAUGGACAGCUUUAUUCUACAGACAGACCAUAAGCCACUCGUUCCAAUGAUCAACACGUACAACCUGGACAAAGCACCACUCUGGUGUCAGCGACUGCUCAUGCACUUCAAAGUGAAAGCUGUGCAUGUUCCUGGAAAACAGUAAGUGGUGGCUGACACACUGGAGAGAAACCCACUGAAAGAAAACACAUCAGACUCAGAAAAAGAAGUUCAAGCAUAUGGUGGAAAGCAGACCAGUGUCUACAGUCUACACACAGGCUGGAAAACAUCAGAGAGGUGACAUGGAGGGACCGAGACCUCCAAAUGGUUAUCAGCCACAUCCGAAAGGCUGGCCUCAGAGAGUAGCGCAGCUAACCUACUCGCUACAGGGAUACCACACAGCGAGAACUGGAUGGACUAGUGCUGUAUCAAGACGGGAUCGUCAUCCCAGCUUCACAAGAAGAAGAUGUUCUACAACCGAUACACAAAGGUCACAUGGGGCUGACAAAGUGCCCGAGAAAGACCCGAGAUGUCAAUGUGGUUGCCGGGCAUCAGCGCCUACAAAGCAAGAAAAGUGACAUCAUGCAAGUUCUGCACAGAGAGAAAACCAACUCGACUUGUCACAAUACCUUUAUUUAAAGGGUCUGUGGCAGAAGAUCACGGUUGACCUGUGUGGAGCUCGAAGGCAAUAAAUACCUUGUAGUGGUGGACUACUUCUCCAGAGACCUAGACCAUUUACCAACUACCACAAGCCUCAAAAGCAUGGUUGUGUGAUGGGGGAUUCCUACCAAGCUCGUUAGCGACAACACUACGCAGUUUGUCUGUACUGAGUUAGACGAGUUAUAUACCACCUCCAGUCUCUAUUACCCGCAGGAAAACUGCAGAAAAAGCUGUUCAAACAGUUAAAUGAAUUCUCAAACAUCCAAACCCACAUAUUGCCCUGAUGUGCUACCGCGCCACGCCUAUCAGUGGAACCGGAGAAAACCAGCGCAAUGACAAGACGUCAAAUCCGGACAACCGUCCUCACACUGGAAAAACUACAACCAAACACAUCAGCCACGAUAAUGUGAAACAUAAGUACCAGAAAGUCAAACAAGCGUACCCGUUCUUCUACAACAGGAGGCAUUCAGUGCACCCUUUACCUGAACUAUACCCUUGACAGAGUGUAAAAGUCAAGCUGGACGGAGAGAAGGGAUGGAAAACAGAAGCAGUGGUCAUCAGCAAAUCUCCAGAGCUGAGAUCCUAAGCUGUUGAAACUGAACAUGGCACUGUCGCUCAUAGAAACAGGCGACACCUUCAGGCUGUACCAGAGUCACCUACUCCAGACAGACAGCAACAGAACAACAAAGGAGUCACCCAGUCUACCAGUGAGGACAUCGCACAGGCCCAGCAUUACCACAGCCGGUGAGAAUGACCUCCAAAGGUUGAUAUGUAAAACUACCCCUGAGGUUUAGAGACACUUGAGAAAACAACAACAUUGAGACAAAAUACUAUUUUAGUUCCGAAAAGAGCAAGAAAAUACUUUUGAUUAAAAAAACUAAAAAGACAAGAGACAGCAGCUGUUGCAGGGCAGAAUAGUCCCUUUGUGGCUGCGGACAAACGUCUGUCUACCGCAGUGUCCUAGUUGACACAGUUAUUAGAAUUGUUCAGGUGAAGAACAAAACAAGGGGGGAAAAAUAUGUGCUUCUCUGAAAUACUAAUUGUUUGAACUGAAACAGUCCACGAUCGUUAGUAUUUGUACUAGGAAAGGAGAAUGUUAUUGACUUUUAUAUAUAUAUAUCUCAGAAACCGUAGCGAUGUCUGAUCUAUCUGGGAUUCAUUAGUUAGGCACAGCAUCAUUAACUGGGUGUUACUAACUAGCAGUGUCUGCUAAUAUGACAAACCUAGCCAUGAGUACUAGCAGAUAGUAGCUCUGUGGACUGCAUUUUAAGUUACCUGCCUUCUGAGUUAUUAAACCUAACUAAACUGGAUUGCUGCCUGCAUGGUUUCCAUUAGGAUACUUGUAGUAUAGGCUACUUUUUUCUGUUAAACAGCCACCAGACUACCAUGAAGGCAGAUGUUUUACUCUUCCAAUCCUCUGGGUUAUAUUUGGUAGACACUGCGAUUUAGUAAUACAGUUCAAUACUUCUCUCUUACUCAUUGAGACAAGAAUGAGAAUGAUGUGUUUUACUCAGUGUGCAUAGGCGCCAGCACCAAACAACAAGUGUUCUUACUGGGGAGAGUGACGACUAAUGAGGUUACUGCCAGAGUUCGACCUCAGAGCUGUAUAUACUUUGAGUCUCUAGUGUUUGGAGAAACAUCCAGCGAUAUUGGAAAUGCUGAUGCAAUGAGGAGUUUAAAUUAUAUAUAUAUAUAUAGUCCUUUCACUCUGGAUGUUGAAGAAUGUAAAAUAUCUGUGAAGUUUACAUCCUGCCAUCCUGGGAGAAACAUUCUACGUGCUCCUGGAUGCAAUAUCCAGAAAUGCAGGAAAAUGCAUGUGAUGUCUAACAAGUAGAUUUGAGAAUGGAGAAUAAUGAAGCAUUGUGUGUGUGUGCAUUGUUAGUUUUGGCAUAUCAACCUGAAAAAAAUGAAUAUGAAACAUUUUGUAUCAAGGUGACACUUAUCUUUAUGUUGCAGCAGGACUGUGAAUACACAUUUCUAAUAAAUAGUAAAUAUCUCAAUUUCACAGAUAUUGUACAUGUAACAUUGUGGUAAUCAAUGUCAAUAACUGUAGGACCAACCGUACAAUUAUGUAAUGAGCAUAUUGUAUUACGAGAAACUCAUACGAACAACAAGUACAGUUGUACAGGUAGAGAGAGAUUCUGCAGAUACGAAGGCCUGAAUAUUGAAAUGUAUUGUACGGUACGUGUUAUUCUCUAAUAUUGUUGAGUUACGUUCUUGUUUAUUUUGAUGGAUUAUAAACUAGAAUUGCUCCUGAGUAGAAUGGACUCCCUUUUGCUGCGACACAACGUACAGGCAAUUAUGUACUGUGCAAUAUGCAUGUCCCAAAAUGAAAAAUGUACUGGACACCGUGCAAUACGAAUGGGCUAAAUAACAAUGUGUUUAAAAUGUGUUUCCUAAAGUUUAUAAUUGUAAUAUUAUUAAUAAUAUUGUUAAUACUAUUAAGAAUAGCAUUGUUUUAUUUGUAUUACUGUUACUAUAAUCACUACUUGUAAUGCUGUUAACAAUAUUGUCAAUGCUAUAAUAUGAUUUGUGCUAUUAAAGGGGCAAUCAGCAGUUGUUACAUCCA